AUGGUGGUAAAGUUGUUCCGUUGGUUCAAUGACGGAGGGACGUACUUUGGAAAGGAGCUACACAACUACAUUCCACUGACUUUCAUGCUCGCGUUUUUCGUCUCCAUCAUUGUCGCAAGAUGGCGACACAUGUUCGCCAAUUUAGGAUUCAUUGAAAGCAUUGCCCUUACCAUCAACGCGACAAUAGUUUCAAAUGCGGAGGAAGCUUUCCUAAUUCGUCGGAAUCUGAUUCGAUAUGUCUGUCUGGCUCAGGUGAUGGUAUAUCGAGACAUUUCCAUUCGAGUUCGUCGUCGAUUUCCAAAUAUGGACUCUGUCAAAAAAGCGGGGUUUCUCUUUGAUAACGAAGAAGAAAUGUUGAAUGCCAUCGACUUGGAUUAUAAUAAAUACUGGGUACCAAUCAACUGGUGUGUCACUUUGUUGAAUAAAGCAAAUGAAAAAGGAUAUAUCAUUAGCGCACCUGCACUGUGUGCUCUUCAUAAAGUUGUUUUCUUCGCCGUCCGAAUCUAUUUUCUCUUCUGCCUCUUCUCGAGACAAUACAUCAGAAAUCCAAAUGACGGGAAAGAAUUCGAAGUGAUUCAAAUGAUUACCGGAAUGAGAAUCGUUGACUGUUUCGGCCAAGCGCCACCACUUGCUCAAGACAUGUUCUCGGAUCCAGGAGCAUUACCAAUCUAUUCGGAGGAAAGUCAAAGGAACUACCAGAGCGGUGCACUUGUUGGAUCCGUUUCCCAUGUGACACUUGCCCAAACCGACGAAAACAUCCACAUGGUCCCGUUGUCUCCUCGCUUGUCAUCUGGUGAUAUCCAUGGCCACGACCGUCCAUCUGUCCGUCGUCGUUUCAAGUUCGGCACAGCUUCCCAAGCUGGCUCAAGAGCCAGUAGUUUCAGAGAGCAUAGAUUACCGCGUCAGGAUACCAUUGAAGGAGAGAACAAUGACGGUUUAGAACUGGAUUAUGAGAAAAAUCUCGAAGAAGCCGCCGGAUCGCCAACUCGAAAUGCAGUCUUUUUUUCAAAUCUCAGCCAAAUCUCAGAAAACGAUGAGGAUUGUCCAGCCACUGCCAAGACAUCAGUUGUGUCACGAGUCUGA